GCAGAGCCGCUUCCCGUGCCCUCCUUACGCCGCCUCGCAGCCGAGGGCCGGGUGGUGGAGGGCCACCGCCAUGGCGGCGAAGCAGCCCCCGCCGCUGAUGAAGAAGCACAGCCAGACCGACCUGGUGAGCAGGCUGAAGACACGCAAGAUCCUGGGGGUCGGCGGGGAGGACGACGACGGCGAGGUCCAUCGCUCAAAGAUUAGCCAAGUACUGGGAAACGAAAUCAAGUUUGCUGUCCGGGAACCUUUGGGGCUCAGGGUCUGGCAGCUGGUUUCCGCCGUCAUGUUUUCCGGGGUCGCCAUCAUGGCCCUCGCUUUCCCCGACCAGCUCUACGACGCCGUUUUCGACGAGGAAUCGGUGAGCAGCAAGACUCCCAUCCGGCUCUACGGAGGAGCCCUCCUCAGUAUCUCGCUCAUCAUGUGGAACGCUCUCUACACGGCCGAAAAAGUGAUUAUCCGCUGGACCCUGCUGACGGAGGCGUGCUAUUUUGCCGUGCAGUUCCUGGUUACCACUGUCUCCCUGGUUGAGAGUAGCCGGAUAGCUACAGGUGCCGUGCUCCUCCUGGUCAGCCGAGCCCUCUUCAUCCUCAUCAGCAUUUAUUAUUAUUACCAAGUUGGACGCCGUCCCAAGAAAGUCUAAUUCCUGGGCUUUUUGUCAUGGGAAGGGUGGGGGGGGGUUUGUGUCGGUAAUUUUGCAUUAUAAUUAUAACUUUUUUUUUUUUU